GUACACUGAUAUUCCCCAUGAAAGUCUGUAUGGGGGGGGGGGAGAGGCUGCAUAUAUGUGUAUCUAAAAUGUAACCAAUGCUGUGCCAAGAAUGUGCGUCCUGCACAGGGGCGGACUGACAACUCAUGGGCCCCCGGGCAAUAGGGGAUCAUGGGGCCCCUGUGUCCUUGCCCAAACUCAAAAAAGCCUAUGAAAAAGGUACCAGGGGCAUCUCAUGGGGCCCCCUACUGACCUCCGGCCCUCGGGCAGUGCCCCGAGUUUCCAAAUGGUCAGUCCGCCCCUGGUCCUGCAUGAUCCCGAAGCAGUUACCUUUG